AUGAAGAGUUUGUUCGUUUGUUUGCUGUUGGCCCUGGCUGGUCAAACUCUGGCCCAAAGCCAAGAAGAGUUCGUGGAGUACCUGCUGGAGAUCCAAUAUCAAGCAGAAGCUAUCCACCAGCUGAUGGAGGGUACGUUCGACAAUGUCCGCUUCUCGAUGAGUGACCAGCUGGUCGAGCUGAACCGUCAGUUGAUUUCCCGCAUGAACGAAGCUCUGGAGGAGGUCGAACAGAUCCGCGAGGAUACGGAAGCGUUCGUAGGCGAGACUUCUGCUCCUGCUACCUGUGUUAAUGUAGCCACCGCAAACUGGGAAAUCGAGAUCGAUUGGGUCGGACAGGCAUUGUCGCGAUGCGCCAGUCAAGCCAAUAUUCAGAUCACCUCGCGUACUGCCGAUGUCCAUGCUGCUCUGGAAGCCGCUCAGGUUGCAUCGACGGAACUGCAAAACAUCGUUGUUCGCGGAUUCAUUGACUGGAAUGCGAUUGACUACACGGAACAGAUCUCGGCUAUUGUUGGAGAUCAGAUUAACGAAAAGUACGACUACUUCACUAGAAUCACCCAGCCAACGCUGGAGCGCGUUCUGCAAGCUAUUUUCGAUUUGGAUGACAAUCUGUUGCCUGAGAUCGUGACCUGCGUCAAUCGCGGCGUUGAGCGAUUCAACAACUAUGGUCGUGUAAUCCGUGAUACGCUGUUCUUCUGCUCGCAGUAA